CUCUGCUAGAGUAGCAAAGUAUUUCUGUAUUGCACCUGCGACUGCCCGUAUGACGCGGUAGCAACUAACUAGGUGCUCCAACUGAUAUUGGUUCCAUUUGAGCAGAGAGCAGAGUACGAGAAUGCAGCAGACAAUGGCGGAGUUGCGGCACUCAGCUUCACUAGGCAGCAGGGCAUCGUCUUCUCCCAGGAACAGAGACGAAGACGCGAAGCCAUUGGUGGGAGAAGUCAGACCAGGCGACGACUACGAUCGCCUUUCUUCCAAAGGAAGAGACAGGGGAGUUCUUUCCUCUUUCGCCCAUACCCUUUGCCCUUUCUUCUUCAAGGACGAUUCUAGGGUUUCUUCCCAUCUCAUCAGCAACGACAUCUCUUUCAAGAUCUUCAUCGCCUUCAUCUCCAUCCUCUUCCUCGCUGCUCUCGUUUCUUUCCCCUCUAUCUGGAAUCGUCUGAACGCUCCAUACUUAUGUACCAAAGAUGGGAUCGUCCUUCACUGUCCGCAUGUGAAAGAGCCUCCUUCUCUUUGGGAGAAUCCAUAUUCUGCUACCACUUCAUGGAAACCAUGUGCUGAGCGCCGAAAUGGUGGAAUUUCAGAUCUCCCUCCAGAGAAUGAAACAACUGGCUAUGUAUUGAUCCAGGCUGAGGGUGGUUUAAAUCAGCAGCGCAUAGCUAUAUGUAAUGCUGUGGCUGUGGCGAAAAUAAUGAAUGCGACCCUUAUUUUGCCAUUGCUGAAGCAAGACCAAAUCUGGAAAGAUCAAACGAAAUUUGAAGACAUCUUUGAUGUAGAUCAUUUCAUCGAGUAUUUGAAGGAUGAUGUACGUAUUGUACGUGACAUCCCUAAUUGGUUUCCAGAUAAAGCAGAGCUAUUCACAAGUAUAAGGCGCACAGUAAAAAACAUCCCAAAGUAUGCUCCAGCACAGUUCUAUAUUGAUAAUGUACUGCCCCGCAUCAAGGAGAAGAAGAUAAUGGCUCUAAAGCCCUUUGUUGAUAGGUUGGGGUAUGAUAAUGUUCCCCCAGAAAUUAAUAGGCUACGGUGCAGAGUGAACUACCAUGCUUUGAAAUUCCUGCCUGAGAUAGAGGAAAUGGCUGAUCAGUUGGCAUCAAGGAUGAGGAACCGCACUGACAGUUCAAAUCCUUACAUGGCACUUCAUUUAAGAUUUGAGAAGGGGAUGGUGGGUCUCUCGUUCUGUGAUUUUGUUGGAACAAGAGAAGAGAAAGCAAUGAUGGCAGCAUAUAGACAGAAGGAAUGGCCUCGACGGUAUAAGAAUGGAUCUCAUCUUUGGCAGCUGGCCCUGCAAAAGCGGAAGGAAGGACGGUGCCCUCUCGAGCCUGGGGAAGUGGCUGUGAUCCUUAGGGCAAUGGGGUACCCUAAAGAAACUCAAAUUUACGUUGCGUCUGGGCAGGUCUAUGGUGGGCAGAAUCGGAUGGCUCCUCUUAGAAACAUGUUCCCGAACUUGGUGACCAAGGAGGAGCUGGCUAGCAAAGAGGAACUGGAUAGUUUUAGGAAGCACGUGACAAGCUUGGCGGCCCUUGAUUUCUUGGUGUGUUUGAAGUCGGAUGUCUUUGUGAUGACACAUGGCGGCAACUUUGCCAAGCUGAUAAUCGGGGCCCGGAGGUACCUGGGGCACCGGCUGAAAUCCAUAAAGCCAGACAAGGGGCUCAUGUCCAAGUCCUUUGGAGACCCAUACAUGGGUUGGGCGCCAUUUGUGGAGGAUGUGAUUAUCACUCACCAGACACGGACCGGCUUGCCAGAGGAAACGUUCCCUCAUUACGACCUUUGGGAGAAUCCUCUCACCCCAUGCAUGUGUAAAACCUGAACUAAAAUCAGCUUGUCCAAUUCCAUGUCAUCAAAUUUACUCUGAUCCCCAAUUAAUUAUCAUUGUAUUUGGGUAGUCAUCAAUGGAAUUUGCACUGGCACCUGCA